UGAAGUAGUGCAGACCGUUCGUAAACAUCUGAAUCACUAGUUACAAAGUGUUCGUCGCUAAUAUCCUGUUAUCGACGGCUUCUCUAUUCAUUCACAUUUUAACUGACGGACGUAGAAAACGAGGACCAGUAACGAGACGGACAUCACGGAAGACAUCACGGAAGAUGUUGGUGGGAUGCUGGUGGUUGGCCACCUUGAUACUUGUUGUUCCAGGAAGUGAGGUUUUUGCGUCACAUUUCCGCGGAGCCCAGAUCACAUGGAAAUCACUGGAUGGUCCGGGUGUACCCGAAAACACAGUUCAGAUAACUCACAGGAUCGCGUGGAGGCGGUCGUACAGCAGCAGCACGAGGUGCGACGCCAGCACGGUGGAAUCCGGCAGUAUCAUCGGCAUCAACGACCAGCUCCUCUGUCGAAUUGGGUGCUCGGGAACGGUGGGUUCCAUGACUUACCAGUGUACAGAUUUCAGUGUCACGGAAGACUGGUCAGCAGGAGAGAAGACAUACAACUUCACUUUUCCUAACAAUGGCAACUUUGAAGUCAGCUAUACAGGAGGUGACUGGAUCAGCUUGGUACAAGGGGGAGGUAACUGGGAGGUGCGGAUGAAACUCAAUCUGACGACAAGAAAUGACACAGGUCUCGUAAAUUCCUCUCCGAGGACGGCCAUGACACCCAUUGUGAGACUGCAGCACCGGUGUAACCACACGUUAACAAUUCCAGUGAACGACCCGGACCAUGACUUCAUCAGAUGUAGAUGGGCGGAAGCGUCCAAGUCAGAAUGUGCCGGAGUCUGUAAAACAUUUCCUGGUGCUGAGAUCAAUGAGCGUGAUUGUACCAUCAAGUACUCGGCCACCAGACGAGCCGGCUGGUACGCGGUUGCCCUGAUGAUUGAAGAUUUCGAGACGGCCAUUUCCGACACCCCGCUUAGCUCCAUCCCUCUCCAGUUCCUCGUGUUCGUCUUCACAUCAAACGCGAACUGUUCCAGUCAGCCGGAGUUCAUAGGCGACACGAGAGCAGAUGAGUCGUGUGUCGGGGUUCCCACGGGGACGAUGUAUUUCGAAAAGAUCGUCGUUAAAUCGGGAAGACCGACAACAAGUAUUAUCGACAUUACGACGGUUUCGCCGGUUGGUUUGGAAAAGAGUGCUCUGUCAGUGCUUGAACCACAGGUGUGGUAUGUGAACAUCACGUGGACGCCAACGUCCAGCCAGGACGGUCCGAACAUCUUCUGCUUCACAGCUAUCGAUAACACAGGACAAACAACAACUCAGAGAUGCAUUACGCUACUCGGAGGAGUGGACCCACCACAGUUUCAAGUCGGCAGUCAGUACCCAACAGGAAUGAUUUAUCCAAAUCACAGUAACUGGAGAAUUAAUAUUGACCAAGAUUUUUUGAGACCAAACAGAAGUAACUUCAUUCGAUUCCACGACUCUGCGGGUGAUGUUAAAUACUCAAUAGACGUCGCCAUCACGAGUGCCGUUGUGUAUCCAGUGGGGGGUUUCGGAAGGCAGCUGAGUUUCACCACUAAGUUCUUAUUCAAGGAGAAGGAAACCUACUACAUCACUCUGGACCCUGGUAUUGUGAAGGGCACAACUUUUUGUGGGGCCGAGUCGCCGAGAAUACGAGAUCCCAGCUUUUGGAAAAUUACUAUUCGGGAUGUAACUCCACCAUCUGUGGUAUUUGAGGUUUCUCCUAGACGGUCGAACGCCAAUGUGUCCAUCAUGUGGGUGUCUGAUGAGGAGACAACGUAUAUCUGUACAGUACAGAAUCCAAGUGGUGUACCGAGGAAUGUUGACUGCAACAACACAUACAUUGUUACAGGGAUCCAACAGGAAGGCUACUAUUCUAUAUUUGUUCAGGGAACUGAUACUGCGGGGAACACGGCUCGCCCCAUCAGACAUACGUGGUUUGUUGAUCUCACUCCUCCAGUUGUAAAUAUUCUCCAGAAACCAGCAUCAGUCAGCAAUGAAAAGACUCCAAGGAUUUACUUUUCUUGCAAUGACAGAGGGUGUACUUACAGGUGUAAACUUGUUGGUCGUGGUCAGAGUGGUAACGACGUUGUGUGUACCAGUGGCUAUCGGUUACCAGGGACACUGGAAGGUGGGCAGUUCUACACAUUCAGUGUUAGAGCGACUGACGAUGUGGGAAAUGAAGGGGCGUACAUGGCAUACACCUGGCAGACCGAUUUUAAUGCACCGACCAUUUUGUCCGUGGCGGCUGCUGUUGUAAAUUGUGGUGAUGACUACGGACCAGAUACCCUCGGCCGUCCCGUCGUCACGGACAACAUUGAUCCAUUGCCCAUGGUAACGGUUAACGACACUCCCUCUACUGGCUGCACGGUGAGGCGCUUGUGGGAGGCUACAGAUUCAGCUGGAAACACAGCAUCUACGAUUCAGAGAAUAUCCUUCACGAGCCCAAAACCUGCUCAUAUUAGUGCCCCGGCGAGAUUAGUUGUGGCCUGUAACCAGUUUCCCGACUCGACUCAGUCCACUGAUGACGACCUCACCAUUGACGUGACUCACCCGUGUAACCGUUCUGUGGUGAUUACUCACACGGAUUCGGUGAGUAGCAUUCGCUGCGGGACCACGUUUACGCGGAACUGGGUGGUCACUGACGACUGUGGGGAGGUAACUCGCUUUCAACAGACCAUUCAGAUUCUAGCCCUGCAGUAUCCGGACUACCCUCAGAACGGACAACGCAAUGUGGAUCUUAAACAGAGACUUGCAUGGCCGCAGUAUCCAGGUAAGUGUUAUACACCUCCACUCCCACCCACCCCAUUCUAGCCCUGGAGUAUCCGGACUACCCUCAGAACGGACAACGCAAUGUGGAUCUUAAACAGAGACUUGCAUGGCCGCAGUAUCCAGGUGCGACAUCCUACAAGGUCUACGUAUGGCCAUACAACUCAACAAAGCCUUCCAGCCCGAAAAUUACAACAACGUCUCGUUU